ACGACACACGACGCAACGCCCGAAGCUGUCGCGCACUUGGACCUUCCUAUUCUCCAGCGCCUCGCCAAUAAAGACUCCUACGUCCCGAUCCACGAGUCAAUCCCCCUUUGCGAAUAAUAUCCAGUGUCCGGCCCGACACCUUCCGUGUCACUGUCUCAUGAGGUCGGCUAGAUAAUUGAUAAUGUCAACUGCCAGAUCUGAACACUUGACUCGCGGCUACUCCUCCCAGUCCGCCAGUCAAACCCGUUCCGCCUCCCCUUCCGCAAACAACUCCCCCAUCGACCAUCCCUUACCAUCCUCCAGGUCGCCAUUUGGCAUGUCUGGUGCUCUCAACCCCUCUGGCAAGAUGGCGAGCAACUCGCGAUCCGGGGCUGGUUCUCCGUCGCACGAGAUGGCUGGUUCCAGCCGCCUGUUCUCCAAGAGAGCUCGCGAGAUUCAGGCCCAAGAAGGCGUCCCGGGCAUGCCGGGAAGCCUCUGGGGCGGCCCUCCCACCAGCGGCAACUCGACGCCGCUGCGCGAGAACAUCCCUGAAUCCCCCACCGAUGGCUUCCCUGACUUUGCCCAACUCCCCACUCCGGACACCAUGCCUCAGACCCGCCGCGCCCGCGCUGGCACUGUCCCAUCUCGAUUCUCCCCUGGCGGUGCCGCCAACGGCCUCCUGGGCGUCGCCGGGCUCGCUCCAAAGUCGGCCAGGCCCACUCCCUCCCAGAGUCCUUUCAACAAGUCGCCUUCCCCCAACCCGGAGCCUCUCGAGAACCCCACCAACAGCUCUACCCUCCUCUCCCGCCUCCGCGCCGGAUCCAUGCCACAGAGGAGCCAGUACGCGCCCAUUCCAGGAACGAACUCUCCGUUUGGCCCCUCCAUCUUCAGCAGCUGGAACCCAGCCGGUGUUGGCCGUGAGAGGGCUUCGACUCUUGCCAGUAUUGCCAGUGUCGGUUCCAACGGUCCUAGCUCUCCUGCUCAGUCCCAGUUCUCCAAAGAGGGAGGUGGUGAGUCCGAUGUCCAUAUGAGGACUCUGGAUUACCUUGGCCUCGCCGAGACCCCUCAGCAGUCCCGCGCUCAGCUGGCUACUCCAUACCUGGCCAACCUCGACUUCACCAAGCAAUCCAGCCGUUUCCGAUCCUACUCGGUAAACAACAAGGACAAGUAUGCUGAUGAUGACGACGACUACGAUUCGGAGAUGCCAUUGGAUCCCCAGUACGUGGCUGCUCUACAAGACCAGCUGGCUGCUACUAACGCCGCGAUCCACAAUCACAAUCUAGCCGUCCAGGCCUUUGCAAAUCAGGCCUCUGUCACUCGCCCCCGUGCUCGCACCGCCGGUGUCUUGGAUACUCCUGGAAGUCGACUCAUGAGAACCUACAUGUCCGGCAGUACUGGCAUUCCCAAUCCCAUUGCGCCCGCCGAGAUUCGUCUGCAGGACGACAAGGAUUACGAGGACCUCCCUCAGGCUGUCACCGGCAUGAACCUGGGCAGAUCCAACAGCCGGAAUGCUGGGCUGCUGAGUGCAGAGGAGCAGGGCCUUGAAGGCCCUACCAGCGCACUCUGGCUCGGCAGCAUCCCUACCUCGACCACCACCUCGACUCUGAUCGAGAUGUUCAAGUCCCAUGGCCCCAUUUUGUCCGCUCGAGUCCUCACCCACAAAAACUGCGGCUUUGUCAACUUUGAGCGGGUUGAGAGCGCCAUUUCUGCCAAGGCCAGCAUGAACAGCAAGGAAAUCUUCCCUGGUGCUGGCCCUAUCCGCAUCAACUUCGCCAAACCCCCUUCUGCUUCCAACACUCCUGGCCACGACGGUGUCUACCCAUCUCCCAGCCCUGAUCCUUUCGCAAAGGGACAGGACAACGCUACGGGCUCUGGCUCUGCCGCUCCUGCGAGCGAGAACGCCCCUGCGGCCGCUUCCACGAACAGUGCUCCCAAGCUUGCUCCUCUGCAUGAGAUGACUACCGAUAUUGUCGAAAUCGUCAAGCAGUUUGGCGCGACGGACGAGGACAGGUUCAGAAUCUCCAGAAACCUGCAAUCCGCGAUCCAGUUCAACACCUUCCUCGAGGAGAUCCCACCGAUCCGUGAGCCUGCCCACACCCGAGUCCACGAUGCGCCCAAGCUCCGGGAUAUCCGCAAGCGAAUCGACAACCAGACCCUGUCGCAGGCUGAGAUUGAGAACAUCGCCGUCGACAUGCUGCCCGAGAUUGCUGAGCUCGCAUCUGACUACCUGGGCAACACUGUUGUCCAGAAGCUCUUUGAGCACUGCUCCGACCAGCUGCGCGAUGCCAUGUUGGCCGAGAUCGCUCCCCACAUGGCCGAGAUUGGUGUACACAAGAAUGGCACCUGGGCCGCUCAGAAGAUCAUCGAUGUCUGCAAGAGUCCCGCUCAGAUGAACAUGAUUGUCGAGCACCUGCGACCCUACACCAUCCCCUUGUUCCUGGACCAGUAUGGCAACUACGUUCUGCAGGGAUGCCUCAAGUUCGGCGCCCCCUUCAACGACUUCAUCUUUGAGACCAUGCUCGGACGCAUGUGGGAGAUUUCCCAGGGCCGAUACGGUGCCCGCGCCAUGAGGGCUUGCCUGGAGAGCCACCAUGCUACCAAGGACCAGCAGCGUAUGCUUGCUGCCGCCAUUGCUCUGCACAGCGUCCAGCUGGCUACCAACGCCAACGGUGCUCUUCUCCUGACGUGGUUCUUGGACACCUGCACAUUCCCCCAGCGUCGCACCGUCCUGUCGCCGCAGCUCGUGCCUUAUCUGGUCCACCUGUGCACUCACAAGGUUGCUUACCUAACGGUCCUGAAGGUCAUUAACCAAAAGGCGGAGGCCGACGCCCGGGAUGUCAUCCUCAAGGCUCUCUUCUUCACUCCGAAUGACCAGGUGCUGGAGGCGAUCCUCAGCGACCACGCCUGUGGUGCCACGUUGAUUUUCAAGGUGCUUACCACGCCCUUCUUCGACGAGACGAUCCGAACUCAGGUGGUUGAGAAUGUCAAGAAUGUCCUGAUUCGAAUCAAGGCACAGCCUAGUCAGGGUUACAAGCGGCUCAUGGAUGAGGUUGGUUUGUCGACCCGAAACUCUGGAAACAACCGCGAUGCCAGCACCCACUCGGAGCACCGCACGCGACCAUCUUCCAGACAGGCCAAUGUCAACGGUGGCGGGCAUCAUCCCCAGUCAGGUCAUUCCAACAAGCCAUUCUACAACCCUCUGAACCCACCGUCCAACCCCCCUGGGUUCGAAAUGGGCUACAACAACCAGAGGAAUGACAACGUUGACGCCGGUGUUUCGUCUUUCCCGCAAUACAACCAGGGCAUGAUGUACAACGCACCCAACGGCCCCAUGGCCGCGGCCAACAUCCAGCAACUGCAGUUCCAGCAGAACAUGAUGAACAGGGGUCCGCCACCGAUGAACUACAACUUUCCCCCCAUGCAGGCCGGAUAUGGCGGCUACAACGGCCCGAACCCGAGUGUCGACCAGUUCCGCCAGCAGAACAUGCCCAAUGGCAGCCCUAUUCAGCCGCCCUCGUCGCACAUGCCUCAGAUGCCCGCUGGUCAGACCCCCUUUGCCCCUCCGGGUUUUGGUAUGAGCAUGGGCGGAUAUGGCUAUGGAAACAUGCCCAAUAUGCCCAACAUGGGCUACAUGCAACAGGAGCAGGGCAACCCUAGACGCGGCCGCAGAUGAUGAAACGUCGCAUUUCUGUGUUGCUAAAAAUGUGCCUUCUAUUCUUAGACGAAUCUAUUGACACUUUCUUUCUCGCUUUAUCAGGCCAUUUCUGGCACAAGAUGCCAUGAGGAGUUGGGGGGAUAUGGGAUUAUCUGUCAUUCGGAUGCAAGACACCGCAUUUGACGGCCGCGUUGUCAUGAUGGUCCACUUGGACCGUGUAUUCUCUGCACAUCUUUGGAUGCCCCAUCCUCUUGCUUCGAUACCUCCCUCUGUCACUUUGCUUGCGGCGCGGCGCGUGGGCGUCUGGCAGGCCUUUCAUGCUGUACGUCGCCGCCCGCCAAAGACAGGAGAGGCAGGACUCUUCCACGAUUGAACGAACCCGGAAAAAAGAAGAAAAUCAUACAAAAACCAAACCCCUCCGGUAGCCGAGGCCCU